AUGAAGACCUUCAUCAGCCUCAUUGCUCUCUUGGUUGUUGCUCUGGCCGACAAUGCCCCCUAUCGUCCCGCCCCCUCUUAUAUAGAGGAGCCCAUUGCCCACCAAUACCAAUAUCCCACGGUUGACGAUGUCAAAGACAGCUUUGCUCAAAACGAAGUUCGUAAUAACUAUGCCACCAACCGUGUGGCCCUUCCUACUGGCAAUACCCAUAUUGCAAACAACAAUGCGGCUAAUGCCCAAUAUGGAUACUUGGCUGACGCCUACUCUAGAUAUUUGGGUGAGGUACAAUAUGGAGGAGCACUGAAGUACGAGUUCUACCCUGUUCCUGCCAAGCGCACGCCUUCCAAACACGCUCCUUACCCGCGCACCCCUUACAGGAGUGCCCCUUACAAACGUACCCCUUACAACCGUGCCCCUCAUUCCAACUGA